AUGUGUUUAUAUAUUGGCUAGGAAUUUAUUAACAAUUUUUUAUAUUAAUAAAUUAAGCAAAAAGAAUUAAAUUAAGUAGAAUAUCUUGCUGCUUUAUAUAUUUUCAAAUUUAAGCCUAAAUAUUAGAAUGCAAUGUCCAUUCUAUUCAGCAUUUUUUACUAUGCCAAUAUUGCUUUGAGCAUUUAUGUUGCAGAGAAAUCAAAAGACUACACUGGUUUCUUUACUACUUACUUUAUUUUGUAUUCUUUGGAUAAGUUUAUGACUUUUAUGAUUUCUAAAGCAUGGUAAGACAAGGUAGGGUUCUUUGCUUGGCUUCUCGACUGUUUUAACCUUGGUUUUUUUGCUGUUAUUUAUUACACUAAAAAGAAUUCUAAAAUAUUUAAAACCAUUUAUCGCUUGAAAUUGCUAGUAUCAAUAAUACCCAUGACAAUAUUACAGAUAGUUUACUACUUCAACUAACAUAUGAUUUAUCGUCAUAUAAUUGAUUAUGAUUCUAUCAUUAACUCUCAGAUUGAAAUAGCUGUACUCAUAGUUAACAUGAUUUUUAUAGGAUUUGCUUUCACAAAUUCUCUUGAAAAGCCUUUUAUUUAUUAUGCUGAUUAUAUGAAUAAUGUACUCAAAACUUCUUUCCUCAAAUACUCUACUUAUUUAAUAAGGAAUGUUAUACAUUUUAUUAGCUAUUAUGGAAUGUGGGCUAUAUUAUCUUCACAAAAUUUUUUAUAUUUUGAUAAAUUAUCUUUAGCCCUUAUAGUUGCAGCUCCAACUCUUGUUUUUGCGUUAAUAGAAACAGCAAUUGUUUAAAGCCCAAUUCCACUCUUGAAUAUAUUCUUUAAUCAUCCAAACCUCAACUAAAAAUGCCUAAAAAACGACUUAAAUAGUCUAAAAUAAAAUAGAAUGCGUCCUAUUAGAUGUUUUCUCUAACUCUUAUCUAUGAUCUUAAUCUCAACCUUCUUAUCUGAUAAAAAUCCUAUUUAAAAAUCAAAAUAUGUACCAUAAAAUAUUGAUGAUGACCUGAAAAACUAAUUUAUAUCAGUUCAAAAUGAAAUAUAUAAAUUCAACAUUCUUAUUUAUGCUUUCACUAUAGUGUGUCUAAUAUUUAACUUAAAGAAAGUUAAGGACAGCUUAACUCAAUACUGGAUAGACGAAGAAUUUAAUGGAAGUUUGUCUACGAUUAUUAAUGUUUUGUUAAAAAAUUAAAAUCUAAGAUAUAUUUACAUAAAAGUACACUAUAAAGGCUAGAGACACUCAUCUCUUAAUGAGCCCCUUAUAUUUGAUAACGACUUGAAUAAGACUAUGGAUGAAGAAUCUAACAAUGUUGAAAAUGAAAAUCAAUACUAACUGAAAUCAGUUUUCUUAGAUAAAUUAAUAUACUUGUAAUAGCAAGGAGGAUUUAUAAGUAUAAACAAAACAAUCCUCGUCAAGCCUGACGUUUUUAUGGUUGACAAAGAUAUUUUUCACUAAAGAUUUAUGACAACUUAUUUAUCAAAAGUGAAAUAACUUCCUCUAAGUCUCUGCUAUAGAUUAUAAAAAGACAACAUUCUUGAAAUACUAAAAAGUAGACACAGCAUUUAUGGAGUAGAACAAAAUUAAAAUGUGAUGAACUUAAUAAUUAACAAUGAGCAAUACAAACACAAUAUACAAUUAAAGUUUACCCAAAACUAUUUUGAUAGUAAUCUUUUAUUUACUAUAGCAUUUGAUAAAUACAUUUCUCCUCAAUUAAUAAACCUACCAGCCUUAAUACUAUAUGAUCUUAAUGAUAAAUGA